CGAUUUUUCUCUUCUUCUUUCCCAAAAUUAAAUUAUUCCCUGUUAUUUUCAGAAAAUAUUCUUUCCGAGUUGUAGCUUGAGGACUUCGUUUUAUUAAUAUAUGGUCACUGCCGAGCACAAAUUCUCUCCUAUGCUGUAAUAAAUCUCGAGUGCUCUCCAACCUCAACGGCUCAAACAAAUUAUGGAAUGUUUGUAUUAAUUUUCUCUUUCUCUCUCUUUGUGUGUGUGCUGGUUUUGAUUCUCUUUUCUGUUUGCUGAUGAAAAGAUUGCUUUCUUUUACUUCUCCUUUUCAUAGAUGCCCACUUUUCUUUUUUCCGAGUUUUCUUUUUGAGCUUCUAGGCUGGUUCACACAUACACAUAAACAUAAAGAUUCCAUUUUUAACCUUGCCCUUUUUGUAGUAUAAAUAGAAGGUUGUCCAGGUUUAAGGUGUCCUCAUUGGGUUCAAGUUUCUUGAGAGUUGUAUUUUUUCAUUAAGGGAAUUCUUAGAGUUUUAUCUUCUGUGUACAAAAUGAGCUAUUCAAAUUCAUCAAUGGGUUCUGGGAGUAGAACAAAUAGAACAUUAGAAUUUGGGAGGACUUAUGUGGUUAAGCCUAAAGGAAAACACCAGGCUACCAUAGUUUGGCUGCAUGGGCUCGGUGACAAUGGUUCCAGUUGGUCACAACUUUUGGAAAGUCUCCCCCUUCCAAAUAUAAAAUGGAUAUGUCCCACAGCUCCCACUCGCCCUGUGGCUAUACUCGGUGGAUUUCCUUGCACAGCUUGGUUCGAUGUGGGGGAGCUUUCUGAAGAUAGUCCGGAUGAUUUCGAAGGCUUAGAUGGCUCGGCAUCACAUAUUGCUAAUUUGUUGUCUACAGAGCCUGCCGACAUUAAACUUGGUAUUGGAGGCUUCAGUAUGGGUUGUGCAAUGGCUUUGUAUUCUGCAACUUGCUUUGCGCAGGGAAAAUUCGGCAAUGGCUUCCCAUAUCCUGUUAACCUUCGAGCCAUUGUUGGCCUAAGUGGUUGGCUUCCUGGUGCUAGAAGUGUUAGAAAUAAGAUUAACGGAUCACACGAGGCUGCAAGACGUGCUGCAUCUCUGCCGAUUUUGCUAUCACACGGACUAUGUGAUGAAGUUGUUCCUCACGAACAUGGAGAAAGGUCCUACCAUGCAUUGAGCUUAGCCGGUUUUCGAAAUCUUUCAUUUAAAACCUAUGAAGGGAUCGGUCACUACACUGUGCCUAAGGAGAUGGAUGAUGUUUGUCAAUGGUUAAACACAAGGCUCGGACACUAAAAAGAUCGUGAUCAACGGUUCUGAUUGAAGGGCCGGAUUAAAGAGUUACAGAGAGUUUAGUUUUUUAUUACAGUUUUGACUACUAUUUUUAACAGUAAUAUAAUAAUAAAGGUUAUGUCUAUGUAUUGCUAUUUUAAAUUUUGAACUGUUGAGAGGGAUUUGUUGUGUAAGAUUUAGAGUGAUGCAUCUGGUGUUCAAUGAGUGUGUUUUUCUUCUAUGAGUCAUUGGCCUUCUUUUCUUUCUGGAGUGUUCUUUAAAGUUUUUGUGAUGUUUAUUGAUGAUAUGAUGAUUUCAGUGAGUUCUUUC